AUGCCCGCACGGGAGGAAACUCAACAAUCUCUCUCAAUUAUGGCGAUAAAACAGAUAUCAAGUCCGCCCGAGGUCUUAACACGAGAGCAAGCAGCAGCCCAAUCGCAUCAGGAUGCUUCAGAAUCCGAAGGAAUACUUCCAAUAGUUCGUCAUACUCAAGAUAAUGUUCGUGUCGUAUUCACGCCUCCUGCGGCUGACGUCACUUUAGGCAAAGGGACUUUAUGGGUUACCGAAAG